UUGAAAACUGGGACAUUUUUGAGAAAGUCAUGGACUAUGUAUACAGUCACAGCAUCAAGUCUGAGGCCAAUCUCCAUCCGGUUCUGAUGUCCGAGGCGGCUUGGGUCACAAAAGCCAAGAGAGAACAGCUAACAGAGAUUAUGUUUGAGAAGUACAAUGUGCCUGCGUUCUUUUUGUGCAAGAACCCAGUUCUUUCUGCUUUUGCUAACGGCCGGUCGACUGCCCUGGUAGUGGACAGUGGCGCCACACAAACAUCGGCAGUUCCAGUUUAUGAUGGUUACGUCAUCAGUCAGUAUAUUGUCAAGUCCCCUCUGGCAGGAGACUUUGUGACUGCUGAAUGCAAGAAGCUGAUGGAGGAGCUGGGCAUUGAGGUGGUCCCUCCGUACCUUAUUGCCAGCAAGGAGGUCGUUGCAGAUGGACAGCCAGCAAAGUGGAAGAAGAAGGAAAAUGUGAAUGUUACCAAAUCAUUUCACAACUACAUGGUUAAAGAUGUUCUGCAAGACUUUGCUGCUACCAUCGUCCAAGUUUCCGACAGUCCGUUUGAGCAGAGCCAGGCCGACACCAUGCCAACUGUACAUUACGAGUUUCCACACGGUUAUAACCGGGAUUUUGGAAGUGAGCGGUUCAAGGUCUGUGAAGGACUGUUUGAUCCUUCGUUUAUAAAGGAAUCUGGUGGGAACUCCAUGUUGGGAGUCGGCCAUGUGGUGACCUCCAGUGUUGGCAUGUGUGACAUUGACAUUCGUCCGAGUAUGCGACUGAAGGUCAUAGCUGCCUCCAGCUCCUCGGAACGUAGGUUCAGUAGCUGGAUCGGAGGUUCCAUUCUGGCCUCAUUGGGAGCAUUUCAACAAAUGUGGGUUUCCAAACAAGAGUAUGAGGAGAGCGGCAAGCAGUCGGUGGAGCGGAAAUGUCCUUGA